GUGGCCCCGCCCCGCCCCGCCCCCGCCAGCCGCCGGUGCGCGCGUCUCUAUCCGUAGUCCCAGCUGCUCGCGCCCGGUGUCACCCGGCGUCGGUUCCCGCGGCGCCGCCAUGAAAUCCCGCAGGGAGAAAUUACUGAUCCCCGCGCUGACGCUCGAUCUGUCGCCGAGCAGCCAGAGCCCGUGCCUGCUGAGCCCCGGCAGCCCGUGCAGCCCUUGCAGCCCGUCGCUGGGCCUGCAGCCCUGGAGAAGAAGCAUUGCUCUCAGUAAGCCCAAUCCUGAUGCAGCCUGUGUGGUUGGCUCUGAGCACCAUCUUCUCCAGCCUGUGCUGACAAGCGUGUGCCAUCAACUCCAAGUGCGCUGCAGAAGCGGCAACCGCAAGAGCCUAGUCGUGGGAACGCCCUCCCCCACUCUGUCCAGGCCUCUGUCACCACUAUCAGUCCCGACUGCAGGUAACAGCCCCUUGGACAGUCCUCGGAACUUCUCUGCUGCAGCAGCCAUCAAUUUCCCCUUUGCCCGGAGCCACCUCUCUCAUGCUGACAGGGCUGAUGGCAGAAGAUGGUCGCUUGCUUCUCUCCCAUCCUCCGGCUAUGGAACCAACACUCCCAGCUCCACAGUGUCGUCAAGCUCAUCGUCCCGGGAGCGUCUACACCAGCUUCCCUUCCAGCCCACGGCAGACGAGCUGCGCUUCCUGUCCAAACACUUCCGCAGUUCAGAGAGCGUGGUGGACGAGGACGGGGGCCGUUCUCCGCGCCUGCGCCCGCGCUCGCGCAGCCUCAGCCCUGGACGCACAUCGGGAACCUUCGACAAUGAGAUUGUGAUGAUGAACCACGUGUACCGGGAGCGCUUCCCCAAGGCCACUGCGCAGAUGGAGGGCCGGCUGCAGGACUUCCUGACGGCAUUUGCCCCUGGUGACCGCUUGGCGCUGGCCGACGGUGUCCUGGGCUUCAUCCACCACCAGAUCGUGGAGCUGGCGCGAGACUGCCUGGCCAAGUCUGGCGAGGCUCUGGUCACCUCCCACUAUUUCCUGGAGAUGCAGGACAAGCUGGAGCGGCUGCUGCAGGAUGCUCACGAGCGGUCUGACAGCGCGGAGGUGGGCUUCAUCGUGCAGCUGGUCCGCAAGCUGCUCAUCAUCAUCUCGAGGCCAGCGCGGCUGCUGGAGUGCCUGGAGUUCGACCCGGAAGAAUUCUACCAUCUGCUGGAGGCUGCAGAGGGUCAGGCCCGCGAGGACCAGGGUGUGAAGACCGACCUGCCCCGCUACAUCAUCCGCCAGCUGGGCCUCGCCAAGGACCCGCUGGAAGAGAGUGAUUCCUGUCACAAAAGAAGCAUCUUCCCUCCUCUGACAGAGAUCCAGCCCCUGAAUGACCUUGAGGAAGGCCAGCCCCCAGCUCCCGGAUCCCCUGUGAGCCAGGCCCUGGGUGGUCCGUCCCGGAGGAAGCCCUGCGAGAGCGACUUUGAAACCAUCAAGCUCAUCAGCAACGGAGCCUAUGGGGCCGUGUACCUGGUGCGCCACCGGGACACGCGGCAGCGCUUCGCCAUCAAGAAGAUCAACAAGCAGAACCUGAUCCUGCGCAACCAGAUCCAGCAGGUCUUCGUGGAGCGCGACAUCCUCACGUUCGCGGAGAACCCCUUCGUGGUCGGCAUGUUCUGUUCCUUCGAGACCCGGCGCCACCUCUGCAUGGUCAUGGAGUACGUGGAAGGUGGCGACUGUGCCACGCUCCUGAAGAACAUGGGCCCGCUGCCCGUGGACAUGGCGCGCAUGUACUUCGCAGAGACGGUGCUGGCCCUGGAGUAUCUGCACAACUACGGCAUCGUGCACCGGGACCUCAAGCCUGACAACCUCCUCAUCACCUCCCUCGGCCAUAUCAAGCUGACGGAUUUCGGCCUGUCCAAGAUCGGCCUCAUGAGCAUGGCCACCAACCUGUACGAAGGUCACAUCGAGAAGGAUGCCCGAGAGUUUGUGGACAAGCAGGUGUGUGGGACUCCCGAGUACAUUGCGCCCGAGGUGAUCUUCCGCCAGGGCUACGGGAAGCCAGUGGACUGGUGGGCCAUGGGCGUCAUCCUGUAUGAGUUCCUCGUGGGCUGCGUGCCGUUCUUCGGGGACACGCCUGAGGAGCUCUUCGGGCAGGUGGUCAGCGAUGAGAUCAUGUGGCCAGAGGGAGACGAGGCCCUUCCCCCCGACGCCCAGGACCUUAUCACGAGGCUUCUCCGCCAGAGCCCAAUGGACCGGCUGGGAACCGGGGGCACCCAUGAGGUGAAGCAGCACCCCUUCUUCCUGGCCCUGGACUGGGCGGGACUCCUGAGACACAAGGCGGAGUUCGUCCCCCAGCUUGAAGCCGAGGACGACACCAGCUACUUUGACACGCGCUCUGAGCGUUACCGCCACUUGGGCUCAGAGGAAGAUGAGACAAAUGACGAGGAAUCGUCCACGGAGAUCCCCCAGUUUUCCUCCUGUUCCCACCGCUUCAGCAAGGUUUACAGCAGUUCCGAGUUCCUUGCUGUCCAGCCCACCCCCACCUUUGCUGAAAGGAGCUUCAGCGAGGACCACGAGGAAGGGUGGGAGCAGAGCAGUGCGGGGCGCAGUGGCCGCCGGCUGAGCGCUGACCUCCGGCUGAGGUCCUGGACAUCUGCCUCCUGUCAGCCAUCUUCCUGUCAGCCGGAGCGGGGUCCCAGCCCGUCUCUCCUCAGCGCCAUCAGCUUGGACACCAUGCCCAAAUUCGCUUUCUCCUCGGAGGAUGAGGGGCCAGGCUCAGGGCCUGCUGACCCCGAAAAGCCCGUCUUCAUCCUGGGAGAGCCUGACCCUGCACCCCCGACCACUCCAGUGACACCCAAGCCCUGCAACCUUUCUGCCGACACAGCUGUCCUCAGUCAUGCCCGCCUUCGGAGUAAUAGUACCGGCGCCAGGCACUCCACUCCUCGACCCCUGGAUGCGGGCCGAGGGCGCCGCCUGGGAGGCCCAAGAGACCCCGGCCCUGAGAAGCCCCGGGCCGCCCCUGGCGGCAGUGGGGGCCGGGUGCCCAAAUCAGCCUCGGUGUCUGCCCUGUCCCUUAUCAUCACGGCAGACGACGGCAGCGGGGGCCCCCUCAUGAGCCCCCUGUCGCCCCGCUCGCUGUCCUCCAACCCCUCCUCCCGAGACUCCUCACCUAGCCGGGACCCAUCACCCAUGUGCGGCAACCUGCGGCCCCCCAUCGUCAUCCACAGCUCCGGCAAGAAGUAUGGCUUCAGCCUGCGCGCCAUUCGCGUCUACAUGGGCGACAGUGACGUGUACGCGGUGCACCACGUGGUCUGGAGCGUGGAGGAGGGCAGCCCUGCGCAGGAGGCGGGCCUGCGCGCCGGGGACCUUAUCACCCACAUCAACGGAGAGUCGGUCCUGGGCCUGGUGCACAUGGACGUGGUCGAACUACUGCUGAAGAGCGGUAACAAGAUCUCCCUGCGCACCACGGCCCUGGAGAACACCUCCAUCAAAGUGGGGCCCGCGCGCAGGAAUGUGGCCAAGGGACGGAUGGCCCGCAGGAGCAAGCGCAGCCGCCGGCGGGAGACCCAGGACCGGCGGAAGUCUCUGAUCAAGAGGAUCUCCAAGCCGUCUUCUGUGCUCCAUACCAGCCGCAGCUUCUCCUCCGGCCUCCAGCACUCCCUGUCCUCCAGCGAGAGCCUCCCCGGGUCACCCACUCACAGCCUGUCCCCCAGCCCCACCACAUCCUGCCGCAGUCCUGCGUCCGACGCCCCCACAGAUACAGCCUCCCCACCCAGUGUGUCCCCAAGCUCCAGCAGCCCGGCCUCUCCAGCCACCGGCCACACCCGCCCCAGCUCACUGCAUGGCCUAGCGGCCAAGCUCGGCCCACCCCGCCACAAGAGCGGCCGCCGCAAGUCCACUAGCAGCAUUCCCCCGUCCCCCCUGGCUUGCCCGCCAGUGCCCGCGCCCCCACCACGCUCGCCGUCGCCCCUGCCGGGGCACAUCCCCACACCGGCGCGCUCGCCGAGGCUGCGCAGGGGCCAGUCGGCCGACAAGCUCGGCCUCGGCACCAGUGAGCGGCUGGACGCCGACGGGGCCCGGCGAGGCCGCGGCGCCGAGGCGGAGCUGGUGGUCAUGAGGAGGCUGCAUCUGUCGGAGCGCCGGGACUCCUUCAAAAAGCAGGAGGCCGUGCAGGAGGUCAGCUUCGACGAGGAGCCGCCCCGCGCCGUGCCCCAGAUCGCUGUGCAGGGGGCAGAGGCCGUGCACGGAAACCCGGGCCCAGCCGCGAAAGACUGACCGACACCCCGGCUGCAGCUCCUCAAGGAGCUGUCAUCCGGGCACACCCGGAUAGGGCGCGGCCACCGGGCUGGGACACUGGGCUGGAGGGACCCACCCCCAGGAAGGCUGGGGUGGCGUUGCCAGAGACUUGUAAAUAGCAAGCCCUCCCACUAAUUUAUUACUUUUUAUAAGCAAUAGCCGGGCUGUCUGCCCUGGUGGAGGAGGCUCUGUCUCCGCCUUGCCCCUGGGGUCCAGGCUGAAGACCUUGUUCUCUGGGCCAAGGCGAAGCAAAGUGCAACUAGUUUGUCUCCUGUCCCUUCCAAGUGUUUGUUUGUGUGUGUGUGUGUGUCUGUGUCUGUGUCUCUCCCAUCCCAACCUGAGCUGCAGGCCCCCAAAGCUGGUAGCUACUCAGUUUGGACAGGACCUGGAAGCUGGGUGUACUGACGCCUGCUUGUGAACCCAAAACUGGGGUGGCUGAGGCAGGAGGAUGGAGGCUCAGGGGCAUGCUGUGCUCUGAACAGCUGCCCCUCUGUCUUUACACCAUCCCUCCUCUGCAUGCUUCAGCUUAGGGGAAGUGGGGGGGGACUUGAAGGAGGGGUGCAGGAGGUAACUGACACGCCAGAGGGCCCUGUCAGGGUUCCAGAGGUGUCCACUACUGAGUGGGGCUUCUCUGCACAUGUGAUGGCUGUGUCAGAAUCCCCAGCACCACAAAGCCAAUGUCUGUGUGUGUGUGAGGCCCCGCACAUUGAGCUGGGGCUGUGAUGUGAUCUCCCUUCCCAGCACCACAAAGCCAAUGACUGUGAGGCCCAGCACAGUGAGCUGGUCGGAGGACCCCGGCUGUGCUGAGUGACCCUGGGGAAGGUCCUCCCCACUCUGUCCUGUGCUGCUGUGUUGACAAGACUAACCCAGCGACUUGCAUUUGCGGUGCACUGAGCACUCCUGGAUUCCCGCCAGCUUUUGUGUGAUCCGAGCAGCUGAGGUCCCAGAGGCUUGUCCUGCAACGGCUCAGGACAGGCUCUGCCGGGCCCUACUGUGAGCAUGGUCAUGGGAGAGCCCAGAUUGUCCCCGCAAUGCUGUGUGGCCCAGCAGGCAUCUCCCAUGCUGCCAGUGAUGCAGCCCUGCCCGCUCCACAGGGGGAUUUCCAGGCACUCAAACCCACUCUGCACCUCCCCUGCCUCUCGGCCAGCACUGCCCGCUGGAGGAGAGGCCAAGGCUGUGCAUGACUAGCCCUCCACCCAUCCUGGAGCUGGCAUCCAAUAAAAGCCCAUGAUGACAUCAA